AAUUCGCUGCAUCUGCUUACGGUGGUGGAUCUGAGAAACUCAAAAUCCCGCUUCAAGCGUUUUGAUUCAUACCACAAGGCAAAGCCAGCGGUACCCAACAUACAACCAAUUCCCAGUAUCUCAACAAUCGAUAUUUCUGGCGUCUUCCAAACGAACCCAACCAUAAUGAAUGAUUUGAGAGUUUUUGGACUGGCAACUAACGUACUAGCAGGCAAGGCAAGUAGUGUUGGAGCAAGGAGUCAAGCUGCAAGUGCCAGGGAAUCCGAAUCCGAGAAGGAGAAGGAUUGGUUUGGCGCCAAGGUUCAAAGUGUGGAUUUGAAUAAAGAAGAACGGUGUCGUUCUGUUUAAUUGGAGUCUGUCUGUUUAGUUGAAACGCUGUCGUGUCUGUUUGGUUGGAGUCAGUCUGUCGUAUUGGUUAAAUGUCUGUUUAGUACUUGAGUUUGGUAAAGAGUCAGUUUAGUCCAUUGUACAGUUAUGGUAGAAGAAGAAGUGUAGAGAUCAUGCUGCUGAUUUGCAGGGAGAUCGAGUUAGUGGUCAGUGCUGUGAAAGCCAGGUCUGUUGGCUGAAACACAGUGGUAUUUAAAGUUGGUUAUCAAUCUCGAAUAAACUGUCAGUUUGCAAAUUCUU